GGCCAAAGUUGCAGUGUGGUUCUAGGCAACGAGCUAGCUAGCACUCUGAAGCAAUGAGCUACCAGCUGAUGAAGAAGGCCAGGAGCGAAGCAACACAGCAGAAGGCGCCAUCUUUGUCUUUGGAACAACAGCAGGAAAAGAUAAAUGAGGUGCGGGGUCUCCUUGGCAGUCUGACCGAGGAGAUGCCGAGUUUCCUGUCAGACGCCACCAUCCGCCGUUUCCUCCGAGCGAGGAAUUGGAGCACGGAACAAGCAACCAAGGGUCUCAAGGAAACCGUCAAGUGGAGGCGUGAGUACAGGCCGGAUGCAAUUUCUUGGGAAGACCUUGCUGAAAUGGAGAACGAGGCCAGGAGAACACAUGUAGCCGACUACCUUGACAAGAAUGGAAGAAGUGUCCUCGUAGUAAACCUACCAAUGAAGUCUAAAGUUUCAGUCAAGGAGCAGAUAAAGCACCUGGUAUAUCUCCUCGAGUAUUUCGCUACCAAUUCAGCAGAUGAACAAGACGACUAUGUUGUUUGGUUGAUUGACUUCCGAGGCUGGUCGAUAUCGAGUACGCCAUUGUCGACAACCCGUGAGACCAUGCACAUAAUUCAAAACUACUAUCCAGGGGUGAUAGCCGUGGCGAUUCCUUUUCACCCUCCGAGGAUUUUUGAAUCUUUUUGGAAGAUAGCAAAGAACUUUGUCCAGCCAAACAUGAAAGAGAAAGUGAAGUUUGUUUAUGCUAACAAACCAGAGAGCCUGAAGAUAAUUGCUGACAUCUUUGACUUAGACACGCUGGAGUUGUCGUUCGGAGGAAGAAGCACCAGUGCAAUCUUUGACAUCAACAAGUAUGCUGAGAGAAUGAUAAGAGCCGACAAGAUGAGAGUAACAUCAAAAGACACAAAUGGCAAAUGAUCUCCAUGAGCAAUGACCAUGAUUAAAUACAAGUUGCUUGUGAGCCAUACAUGCUAAUCGUCUGCCUGCGAGUUACUAGGCUACUAUAUAUAUUAGUUGAGUGCCCAUGUUGCCACGGAAUACAAAAUAAGCACACCAAUCAAAUAGUUUGUCUUCAUAAAUUUUUGGAAGAUGAUGGCAUCUGGUUCCAUCCAUAUAGCAACAUAUACUUGUUCUCCUUUUCUUUCUUCCUCAACAAUCGUUACUAGUUGACAUUUUUAAUACUAAGAGUUUUUGGCAAGA